AUGGCAGCAGAACUUGUUGGUGGUGCUCUUCUUUCCGCUUUUCUUCAGGAGAUUGGUAGAAGGAUAGUUGAGAAGUGCAAAGGAUUACCUCUUGCUUUGAAAACAAUUGGAAGUCUUCUCCGCACAAAGUCAUCAAGCUCAUAUUGGAAAAGCGUAUUGGAAAGUGACAUAUGGGACUUACCGAAAGAAGUUGAAAUUAUCCCUGCUCUACUGUUGAGUUAUCAGAACCUUCCUUCUCAUCUGAAGAGGUGUUUUGCUUAUUGUGCAUUAUUUCCAAAAGAUUAUGAAUUUGACAAGAAAGAAUUAAUUUUGUUAUGGAUGGCUGAAGGUUUUCUUCAUCACUCUAAACAAAUCAAGAAUGUACAAGAAAUUGGUGAACAAUAUUUUGAUGAUCUUUUAACGAGGUCCUUCUUUCUUCAAUCAAGCUUCAUAAGGAAAUUCGUCAUGCAUGACCUUAUGAAUGAUUUGGCAAAAUAUGUUUGUGCAGACUUUUGUUUCAGGUUGAAAUUUGAUAAAGGAAACUGUAUACCAAAAACGACCCGUCAUUUUUCAUUUGCAUCCGCUGAUUUAAGAUUUUUUGAUGAUUUUGGGAGUUUAACUGAUGCUAAAAGACUCCGUUCAUUUGUUCAGAUUACAAAUUACGCUAUAUAUCCCGGUUUCCCUGGUCAAUUCGAGAUUAUACGUGAAUUAUUCACCAAGUUAAAGUUUUUACGCGUCUUAUCUUUGAAUGGAUAUAGUAACCUCAAAGAGGUCCCAGAUUCUCUUGGUGAUCUUAAACAUCUCCAUUCAUUAGACCUUUCUCAUACUAAUAUAGAAAAACUACCUGACUCAAUAGGUUUGCUCUAUAACUUGCUGAUAUUAAGGUUGAAUUAUUGUUCAUGUUUGAAGGAAUUGCCUUCGAGUUUGCAUAAACUUUCCAAAUUGCGUUGCCUGGAAUUUGAACAUACAGAAGUGACAAAGAUGCCAAUGCAUUUUGGAGAGUUGAAGAAUCUUCAUGUACUAGAUAUGUUUUGUGUCAGUAGAAAUAGUGAGUUCAGUACUAAGCAACUAGGAGGACUCAAUCUUCAUGGAAGCUUAUCAAUUAAUGAGGUGCAAAAUAUUGUGAAUCCUUUGGAUGCAUUAGAAGCAAAGUUGAAGAAUAAACACCUUGUGGAGCUAAAGUUAAUAUGGAAUUCUAAUCACAUCCCCGAUGAUCCAAGGAAAGAGAAGGAAGUGCUUGAGAAUCUACAACCUUCUAAUAAGUUGGAGCAUUUUUCAAUCAAGGGCUAUUGUGGUACACAAUUCCCAAGUUGGGUAUUCGAUAAUUCGUUAUCAAAUUUGGUAUCUUUACAGUUAAAGGAUUGUAAAUAUUGCCUAUGUUUGCCUCCCCUUGGACUAUUGUCAUCUCUGGAGACCAUCGAGAUUAGAGGAUUUGAUGGAAUAGUGAGCAUUGGUGCUGAAUUUUAUGGGAGCAACUCUUCUUCAUUCAAGUCCUUGGAAAUAUUGAAAUUCUACAACAUGAAGGAAUGGGAAGAAUGGGAAUGUAAAACUACUUCUUUUCCACGUCUUCAACGUCUUUUUGUGGUUCAAUGUCCCAAAUUGAAAGGUCUGUCAGAGCAACUUCUUCAUUUAAAGGAACUAUAUAUUGAGUCAUGUGAUAACCUCAUAAUUAGCGAACACAGCGUAGACGCAUCAGCUCUUGAAUGCUUGAAAACUGCUUCAUCCCCACUAGUGAAUAUUCCGAUGACCCAUUAUGAUUUCAUUGAAAAAAUGACAAUUGAUGAUGGUUGCGACUCUCUCACAAUCUUUCAGCUAAAUUUCUUUCCAAUGCUCCGUUUACUUCAUCUGGAAGGAUGCCAAAACCUACAAAGAAUUUCACAAGAGCAUGCUCAUUAUAAUCUCAAGAAAAUGACAAUGUGGAAAUGUCCUCAAUUUGAAUCAUUUCCAAGUGGAGGAUUAUCUGCACCGUGGCUACAAAUAAUUUCAAUUCGAGAAGUUAGGAAUUUGAAGUUGUUGCCAAAGCUUAUGCAAAUCCUGCUUCCAUCUCUUACUGAACUGCGGAUAAUUAAUUGUCCAAAAGUGGAGAAGUUCGCAGAUGGAGGUUUGUCAUCAAAGAUAAAAGACAUGUCUCUUUCGAGUUUAAAACUUAUCGCCUCCCUACGAGAGACUUUGGAUGUCAACACAUGUCUUAAAAAGUUAUCAAUUGAAUAUCUUGAUGUGGAGUCUUUUCCCGAUGAAGUUUUGCUGCCACCUUCUCUUACUUCUUUAACAAUCAUUCGUUGUCGAAAUCUCAAAAAGCUAGACUACAAGCUUCUUUAUCACCUCUCCUCUCUCGAACUUGGUGAUUGCCCUAACCUCCAAUGCUUACCGGAGGAGGAGGGUCUUCCCAUAGCCAUCUCUUCUCUUACAAUUUGGGACUUUCCAUUGCUGAAACAACGUUGUCAGAAUCCAGAAGGUGAAGACUGGGGAAAGAUUGGUCACAUUGAAAAAUUGAUUAUUAGGUAA